AUGACAGGCUUUCGUUCUGCCCUGCAGGCUUUAAAUGUGAAUGUUGAACACACUCGAGCUAAGGACAACGACCCUACAGUAUGUCCUGCUUGUCACAAGUGCCUGAGGACAACCCAAGGACUGGCUACUCAUCUUAGUACUGCCAAGUCUUGUAGAUGGUACAAGAAAGGGAAGCUGAGGGCUUUAACCCUUCCAGGAGAGUUCGCAGUUGAUGAAGAUGUACUGAUGUGGGAAGUAAAUGAGCCUCUUCCUGAUGGACUGGAAGGAUAA